AAAAUCGACGACGGAAAAAAAAAAAAGGAGAGAUUUUUAUUUUCCGAUAUCUUUCUCCACUUUUCCGAUCCUUCUUGAGCUUCUGAGAGUAACCUAUUACUAUUGAGCACGUCCUGUUUCGCGUGGCUGCCUAUCGCGAAUCUGAGUGCUCUCUAAGGUCAGGUCAUUCAACCAUUUACGGCUGCAAUCUCUAUCAGUGUUGAGUUCACUGAAGGGUUCUUGCUUUGUACGUGGAGUUGAUCGUAUACUAUCUGCAAAUGUCAAGCUUACUUAAUUCAUCAGUAAACGGAUCGGCCUCGAGUUUAUCUGACGGCUCAGGGAGAGCGUUUGCUUCUUCUUUCUCUGGUUUAUCUGGGGCAGCUUCUCCUGUUUUCCAUCAUUCCGGUUCUGUUCAGGGCCUUCAUAGUAUUCAUGGAAGCUUUAAUGUUUCCAACUCUGGUCUAAAUGGUCUUGCUUCUGCUGGAGUCCAACAACAAAACGGAAGAUUUGCAUCCAGCAAUCUUUCGGUUGGGCUCUCUCAGAUAUCUUAUGGUAGUUCUCAUGGACUCACUAAUAGAGGAGGAGGAUUGGGAGUUUCUCCAAUUUUGGGAAAUGCCGGCUCUCGGAUACAGAGCUCUAUGGGGAAUAUGGUUGGUGGAGGCUCAAUGGGCAGGACUUUGAGCUCUGGUGGAGGAUUAUCUAUCCCGAGUCUUGGUUCUAGGCUAAACAACGGAUCUGGAAAUAUCGGACAAAUGAUGAGUGGUGUCCUUCCACAAGGAUCUCCGCAGGCUUUUUCUAUGCUUGGAAAUUGCUACCCUGCAGCUGGGGGACUUUCCCAAAAUCAUGUUCAAGCAAUGAACGGUCUAAGCUCCAUGAGCUUGCUGAAUCAGAUGAACUCCUCCAACGACAUUUCUCCAUUCGAUAUAAAUAAUGAUUUUCCUCAGCUCACAAGCCGUCCCACUUCUGCUCAAGGACAAUUGGGAGCUCGAUUGCAACAAGGCCUUGGACUCAGCCCCAUAGUUCAGCAAAACCAAGAGUUCAGUAUUCAAAAUGAAGAUUUUCCUGCAUUGCCUGGUUACAAAGGUAGCAGUGCUGAUUAUCCAAUGGAUUUGCAUCAUAAAGAACAACUCCAUGAGAAUUCUAUUUUAAUGAUGCAAUCUCAACAGUUAUCUAUGGGAAGGUCUGGUGGGUUCAACUUAGGUGGAGCAUAUACGUCACACCGUCCUCAACAACAACAACAUGCUCAAGCUGUGAGUAGUAGUGGAGUCUCCUUAAAUGUGUCUGACAUCUUCUCAUCCUCGCAUCCGUCUUACCACUCUCAGACUGGUGUACCUCCGGGUAUAGGAUUAAGACCUAUGAACUCUGCAAAUUCUGUCAUUGGGAUGGGUUAUGACCAGCCCCUCCAGCAAUAUCAGCACCAUCAGAACACGUCGUCCCAGUAUCGCUUGCAUCAGAUGUCAGCUAUUGGCCAACCUUUCAGAGACGUGGGAUUAAAACCAAUGCAAGUGACACAGUCAAAUCCUGAUCGUUUUAGCUUGCUCGGUUUGCUUAGUGUGAUAAAGAUGAGCGACCCUGACUUGACUUCUUUGGCACUUGGGAUUGAUCUGACGUCACUUGGGUUAAACUUAAACUCAACAGAAAAUCUUCAUAAGACUUUCGCCUCGCCUUGGUCUAACGAGCCCUCUAAAGAUGAUCCUGAGUUCAGUGUACCGCAGUGUUACUACGCUAAAGACUCUCCGCCUCUACAUCAAGGGCUCUUUGCAAAGUUAUUGUUAGAAACAUUGUUCUACGUAUUCUAUAGCAUGCCGAGAGAUGAAGCGCAGUUAUACGCAACAAAUGAACUUUACCACAGAGGUUGGUUCUACCACAAAGAACACAAGUUGUGGUUCAUUAGAAUCGGAGAACCUCUCGUGAAAACGAAUACGUAUGAAAGAGGUUCAUAUCACUGUUUUGAUCCAAUCUCAUUUGAGAUCGUUCAAAAGGAAAAUUCUGUUCUCUACUACGAGAUGCUGGAAAAGAGACCGUCCCUAUCUCAACAUUGAGUGUAAACUAUCCGUUAUAUUCAGUAUUUAUAAUGUAAUUUUCCUACCAAAGUAUCAAUCGGUUUAGGAAAUCAAUAGAACAGUAACCAGUUUCCAGCAUAUGUAGCUGAAACUUCUUCAAGCUUAUAUAUUAAAAAUCAAUAGACAUCUCUUCU